AUGUUCGGGCUGUCCAUUUUGCACUUCGCCCCGUUUGGAGUUCACCGGCGCAUGGCAUGGCUCAAUGCCGGCGGAGUUAACAUGCAGAUUUUCUCUACCGGUGUGCUGCGUCCUCGGCCAGCUCCAGCUUCAGGAAUGGGUGAUUUGGUUGAUGCUGCGCGACUACUGUGCCGAUAUGGUCAAGAGUUCUUCGCGCAAUCGGUUCGUGAUGUUCUCGAAUCGCUACUCGACUUUGUGCAGCAGCUCGAUGGCUGGCACUCCUGGGUUGCGUCGGAUCUACCCCACCUGGUGUUCUGGAUCAACACCGUGCUGGAACAAUUUCGCUCUCUGGUUCACUCCAGCGAUGGCGAUAUUCACGCGUCAAGCCUUCAGACUAUAGCUCGCUCUCAGCAGAACCGGCUUCCUCCGUCAACCACGCCCCGCGGCAGGAACUCGCACCAGCAGCAGCAGCCUCGAGUUCCUCCGGCAAUUUUCGACUUGAUCUCGACACACAACGGCCUACCAGUGUGUCUUCGCUACCUUUCGGCAAUGGGUUGCCCAUCGGGGGCUUCUAACCGCUGCGUCUACGGGGCGCGUGCUCAUGCUGCCCCUGACACUCUGGAUGCGCGUGUUAAAGGUCACAUCAUUCAGCGCAUGGGUGGUCUCAGCGAGCGAUUCGCACAUCUGUGA